GCUGGCUGUCACGUGACGCCGGCACCCACGUGACUCCGACUCCACAUGACCUCCCGCGACCGGGCCCCUCCUGGAGAGCGAGGACGCGGGGGAGCAGAGAUGAUCGGAGCCGCGCUGUCGCCUCCUUGGCUGCUGCUGCUGCUCCUGCCCUGGGCGCCCCCAGGCCAGGCAGCGCCGGACGUGGAUGAGAUCCAGUGCCUGCCUGGGUUGGCCAAGCAGCCGGCUUUCCGCCAGUACUCCGGCUACCUCCGUGGCUCCGGCUCCAAGCACCUCCACUACUGGUUUGUGGAAUCGCAGAAGGAUCCCAAGAGCAGCCCUGUCGUGCUUUGGCUCAACGGAGGGCCUGGCUGCAGCUCCCUAGAUGGCUUCCUCACAGAGCACGGCCCCUUCCUGGUGCAGCCAGAUGGUGCCACGCUGGAGUACAACCCCUACUCUUGGAACCUGAUUGCCAAUGUGUUGUACCUUGAGUCCCCAGCUGGGGUGGGCUUCUCCUACUCUGAUGACAAGACUUAUGCCACCAACGACACCGAGGUCGCCCAGAGCAAUUUUGAGGCCCUGAAGGAUUUCUUCCGCCUCUUCCCGGAGUACAAGGACAAUGAGCUUUUCCUGACCGGAGAGAGCUAUGCCGGCAUUUACAUCCCGACCCUGGCGGUGUUGGUCAUGCAGGACCCCAGCAUGAACUUGCAGGGGCUGGCUGUGGGCAAUGGACUCUCCUCCUAUGAGCAGAAUGACAACUCCUUGGUCUAUUUCGCCUACUACCAUGGCCUUCUGGGGAACAGGCUCUGGUCUUCCCUCCAGACGCACUGCUGCUCUCAAAACAAGUGUAAUUUCUACGACAACACCGACCCAGAAUGCGUGACUAAUCUACAGGAAGUGUCCCGCAUCGUGGGCAACUCGGGCCUCAACAUUUACAACCUCUACGCCCCCUGUGCUGGGGGUGUGCCCGGCCAUUUAAGGUUCGAGAAGGACGCUGUCGUGCUCCACGACUUCGGCAACAUCUUCACUCGCCUGCCACUCAAGCAGACACGGCAUCAGGCGCUGCUGCUGCGCUCCGGGGACAGGGUGCGCAUGGACCCACCCUGCACCAACACCACGGCCGCCUCUACCUACCUCAACAAUCCUUAUGUGCGCAAGGCCCUCCACAUCCCUGAGCAGCUGCCCCGCUGGGACAUGUGCAACUUCCUGGUGAACAUACAGUACCGCCGUCUCUACCAAAGUGUGCAGGACCAGUACUUGAAGCUACUCACCACGCAGAAAUACCGGAUCCUGCUAUACAACGGAGAUGUGGACAUGGCUUGCAAUUUCAUGGGGGACGAGUGGUUCGUGGAUUCCCUCAACCAGAAGAUGGAGGUCCAGCGCCGGCCCUGGUUAGUGGACUACGGGGACAGUGGAGAGCAGAUUGCUGGCUUCGUGAAGGAGUUCUCCCACAUCGCCUUUCUCACCAUCAAGGGCGCUGGGCACAUGGUCCCCACCGACAAGCCCCAGGCUGCCCUCACCAUGUUCUCCCGCUUCCUGAAUAAGCAGCCGUACUGAUGGAGACCAGUCCCCCUUCUGCCCGAUGCAGCCGUACUGACAGAGACCGGUCCCCGUUCUGCCUGAUGCAGCCAUACUGACAGAGACAAGUCCCCCUUCUGAUCCAGCCCCUUUCCUGCCUCUCCUGCUAGGAGGGAGGCCCUCUUUUGUGCAAAAUGCCCCUGUGGGGCAGAUCCCGGCCUCCAGAACCAACCUACCCCACCAUCACUGCCCUCUCCACAGCCCUCUGCCUCCCAGACCAGGCCCCAGUGCCUCAGAAGACAGCCUGGGGGAGUUAGCACUUUAUUCCUGACUGGGGUGGGGCCUGGCCCCUCCCUUCAUGCACUGGAACACAGCAGAGCUCAGCACGGCCCAUGGGGAGGGUGGACAGACGGUAAUCAAUGGAAUGACUGAUGAUGGAAUUAAAUUGGGUACAGCUUAAA